AUGGAUCGAUGUAAACACGUGGGACGCUUGCGCUUAGCCCAAGACCACUCAAUAUUAAAUCCACAGAAAUGGCGCUGUGUGGAUUGUGAUACCAGAGAAUCCAUAUGGGCCUGUCUCAAGUGUUCCCAUGUGGCCUGCGGACGCUACAUUGAGGAGCAUGCGUUGCGCCACUUCCAAGAGAGCAGACACCCUUUGGUUAUGGAGGUGCAUGAGCUUUAUGUCUUCUGCUAUUUGUGCCAGGACUAUGUUUUAAAUGAUAACCCAGAGGGUGACCUAAAGCUACUGAGAAGUGCGCUGUCUGCUGUACGAAGUCAAAAGCUGGAAACAUCCAGCCGCAGAAGUUUACGUUCACAAACUAUAGCUAUUGAGAGGUCUGAUGGCCUUAAGUCACAAGGGCAACCAUUGAUGCUCACAGCACUGCGGCAUCGACGCCAUACGCUGCUAGCAAAAGCGCUCAGGCAAUGGUUUGAAAAAAGUUCAAGGGGCCAGCUUAAAUUGGAGGAAAAGAGACAGAAAGCUGAGCUGGAGAGAAAGAAAGAAGAAGCUAGGUUAAAGCGUCAAGAGGUGAAACGGCGUCUUCUUGAAGAGCUAGCAAACACCCCUCCAAGGAAAAGUGCCCGUCUGUUAUCACACACACACAGGGACAGCCUUAUUCCCCGCAAAUUCAGGGACAUGACAACCAGCAGCCCGGCUUCAAGAAAAGAGGCUCAAAGGCGCUUUAAUCAGCUAUACUCUAUACGGCCCAAUGUGACCCCAGGAGUUACAGGACUUCGCAAUCUCGGAAACACCUGUUACAUGAACUCCAUACUACAGGUACUGAGUCACCUACAGAAGUUCAGGGAAUGCUUCCUUACCUUGGAUCCCUGUGAGAAAGAGGAACUUCUAGGAAAAGGCACCAAUGGCAAGCACCGUAUGGGUGAUAGUGGUGCACAGUGCCCAUCUGGGGGCCUUAAGCUGAAUGGGGGGUCAUCACUUAAGAAGAGCUUGGAGCUAAUUCAAACCAAGGAACCCAGCACCAAGCAGCUCUCUCUUUGCCAUGAACUGCACACCCUCUUUCGAGUUAUGUGGUCAGGGAAAUGGGCGCUGGUUUCGCCCUUUGCCAUGCUGCACUCUGUUUGGAACCUAAUUCCAGCCUUUAGGGGAUAUGACCAGCAAGAUGCUCAGGAGUUCUUAUGUGAGCUUCUUGAUAAAGUGCAACAAGAACUGGAGUCUGAGGGCAGCAAACACAGAAUACUUAUCCCCAUUUCCCAGCGGAAGCUCACCAAACAGGUGUUAAAGGUAGUGAACACAAUAUUCCAUGGACAACUGCUCAGUCAGGUUACGUGUCUCACAUGCAGUUAUAAGUCUGAUACAGUUGAACCGUUCUGGGAUUUGUCACUGGAAUUUCCUGAGCGUUAUCACUGCCUAGAAAAGGGGAUUGCUCCAGUCACUACUACUGAGUGCACUCUUACCGAAAUGUUAUCCAAGUUUACAGAAACUGAGGCCUUGGAAGGAAGAAUUUAUGCUUGUGACCAGUGUAAUAGUCGGAGACGAAAGUCAUCCCCAAAGCCCCUUGUGCUCAGCGAGGCAAAGAAACAACUUAUGAUAUUCAGACUACCUCAGGUUCUGCGGCUGCAUCUUAAGCGUUUCAGGUGGGCGGAGGCAAUCUCAGUUGGGGCUGUUGUGGAAACUCAAGAAACAGUAGUACUGGUAAGGAUUGUC